AUGAAACAGAAAAGGAUGGAAGAGAGGGAAGCAAAGAAGGUAGCCCAAGCCACUCCCAAUGUGGUCCCAGUAACAAGUGAGUCUUCCAAGAAACCAGAAGCAUCAUCAGGUGAGCCUGCCAAUCCUAAGACGACCGAACCGGUAAAGAGAAAGCAAAAGGUGGAUAGGCAAUAUAUGACAGUUUCUUUUGAGGAAACUGAAUCAAAUGAAGACAUCAAGGAAGUUCCCAAGAAGAAAGGAGUUUUUUCAAGGGUGAUAAGGGAGAAGAAGGAAGAGAUAAAGAAAGAAUCGACUAAGGAGCCUCCCUGGAAGACACCCAAGAUUACCAUUGUACAUAAACACAAGCCUAAGUCUGAUGAGAAGUCUAAACCAGAAGCCAAGAGAAGAACCGAUAAGAAGAAAUUGGAUGAUCGAGACAUAAUUGAUCCGAUUAUUAAUGAUGGUAACUUGGACUAUAUUUCUACAUUCUUUGAUGAAUUUGAUGAGAAGGAUAAGAAGAAGAUUGAGGAAUCUAUUCUUUUAUAUCUUGAUUCUUUUUGGGAUAAGAAAUUAGUAGAUACAGAGGUACAAAAUGGAAACACUGAGCAACCGGCUAGCACUCCAUCGGAUACUACUAUACUAGCUAGUGAGUCCAAUUUUGUAGUAGAGGAUACCCCGACAGAUAAUGUACAAGAUACAGAGGAUAAUAUUGAUAAGGAUAAGGAUACAAAAAAUAAGGUUGUUGAGGAUGCACAGGAUCAGGAUAAGGCACCAAGUGGGGAAGCCACCGGUGCAUUGGAAAUAAAGGAUUCAAAGGAUACAUCUCUGGUAGAGAAAGGCAAGGAAACCGCAAUAGACUUUUCUUCCAGCUUGGCAAUUGACACUUCAUCCAUAGCCAAAGGAAAUUUGUCACAAUUUUCUAUCAAUUUUGACAAGCCUUAUCAUAAGAUGUCUCUGACAUAA